ACGACGUGACUGUACCUCUCUUUCCUCUUUUAUUUUUAUUUUAUUUUUUUUUCACCAUGUACCUUGAAGAAUUAUUGAUUGAAGGGUUUAAAUCGUAUGUCUCAAGAACACAAAUCACAGGUUGGGAUCCAGAAUUCAAUGCCAUUACAGGUUUAAACGGUUCUGGCAAAUCAAAUAUCUUGGAUGCCAUUUGUUUUGUCUUGGGCAUUACCAAUCUAUCACAAGUCCGAGCAAGUAACUUGCAAGACUUGAUCUAUAAACGUGGUCAAGCAGGUGUUACAAAGGCUUCUGUCACUAUCGUCUUUAAUAACGAAGACAGAGACAAGAGUCCUGUAGGCUUUGAAGCUUACAAACAAAUUACUGUCACGCGUCAGGUCUUGAUGGGAGGAAGAACAAAAUACAUUGUGAAUGGCCAUAAUGCACAACAACAAACAGUCCAAAACUUAUUUCAAUCUGUUCAACUCAACAUCAACAACCCUCAUUUCUUAAUCAUGCAAGGUCGCAUCACCAAAGUACUGAACAUGCGUCCUACUGAAAUCUUGAGCAUGGUAGAAGAAGCAGCAGGCACCAAGAUGUUUGAAGACAGAAAGAACAAGGCAUUAGCCACCAUGACCAAAAAAGAACGCAAAGUAGAAGAGAUCAAUACGUUGUUGAUGGAAGACAUUAUACCCAAACUGGAUCGUUUGCGUGCUGAAAAGAGAGUCUACCUUGACUUUCAAAAGAACGAAGCAGAAAUGGAACGACUGAAUCGAUUUGUGAUUUCGUACGAAUACAAGAAACAUGAAGAACGGCUGAACAAGUCGGGUGCAGAUACAGAAGCAAGACAGGCGAAAAUGAAAGAAUUGACAGAAGCAGUGGAGACCAUUGAACAUGAAUUGGCUACCCUUCUUGAACAGAAAAGGGCCAUGUCAGACAAAAUGGAAAAGAACUCGUCUGCAGGUAUCCAGCAAUUAGAACAGCAGAUCAAACAGUACGCUACACAGAUUGUUCGACUCAACACAAAAAGGGACUUGUUGGCCUCUUCAACUACAGACGAACAAAAGUCCUUGUCUUUGUUGGCCACACAACGGGGUGAAUUGGAUCAACAGAUCCGUAAAAAAAGAGAGUAUUAUCAACGUAUCCAUCAAGAAUAUGAAGCCUUCAAAAAGGACUAUGAUGAAAAGCAAGAUGAAAUGAAGCAGACAGAUGAAUUGAUUCAGACAUUAACCACAGGCAUUUCAGCUGAAGAAGGUCAUGAGAAUGGUUAUCUACAGCAAUUACAACAAUCCAAGCAUGCUGUUCAUCAAGCAUCGACACUCGAAGAACAAACCAUGCUUAAAAUGAAGCAUUUGCAUCAUGAAUUAAGUGAAAAGGAACCCCAGGCUGCUAAAGCAUUUGCUGAAUCAGAAGGAUCCAUGGUUGCCCUUGAACAAAAAAAGCAAGAAAUUGAGACAUUACAAACUCGAUUGGAUGCUUUGGCUUGGGAUCCAACUGUAGAACAAGAUUUGCUUAAAAAAAAGAAAGAAGCACAAGACACCCUGAACGAUUUAUACGAUCAACAAGAAUCUCUGCGUCGAAAACUCACUCAUCUUGACUUUCAAUACACGAAUCCAACACCUGAUUUUGAUCGUUCUAAAGUGAAGGGAUUGGUGGCUGAAUUAGUCCAUCUAGAUCAAUCUUAUGCCGAUGCCUCAACUGCGCUUGAGAUUUGUGCAGGUGGCAAACUAUUCCAUGUGGUUGUCCAAGAUGAAAAAGUAGGUGCUCAACUCUUGGACCAUGGUAAACUCAAGCGAAGAUGGACCUUGAUUCCACUUAACAAGAUCCAAGGUCAACCUGUGUCUGAUAAAAAACUGGCUGCAGCACAAGCCAUGGCGCCUGGCAAAGUGGAUUUAGCCCUUUGUCUAGUUGGAUAUGAAGAAGAAGUGUAUCAAGCCAUGGCAUGGAUCUUUGGUAACACUUUUAUUUGUGAAGAUGCCAAGACAGCCAAAGAAGUCACGUUUCAUCCACAGAUCCGAGUCAAGUCUGUUACACUGGAAGGCGAUGUGUAUGAUCCUCAUGGUACACUCUCAGGUGGAUCCAAGCCUCAUUCUGCUGGUAUCUUGAUGCAUCUUCAGACACUUAACAAAGUGCGACAGGAUAUUCAGUAUCAUAAAAACGUAUUGCAAGCAUUAGAGGAAGAGAUGAAAGCAUCACAGAAAUCCAUGGCUGAAUACAGACAUGCUAAACAACGUCUUGAUCUUAAAAUGCAUGAACUUGCCCUUGUAGAACAACGUAUGCGUCAAAGUACGCAUGCUCAGUUGGCUGCCCGUGUACAAGCACUGAAAGAACAAAUAGAAAAACAAACACAAGUGAUGGAACAAGCCAAAAGAGAUAAAUCAAAAGCAUUAGAAGCAUGCAGUCGCAUUGAACAAGAAAUGGCUGAUUUCAACAGUAACAAGGAUACCAAACUGGAUGAAAUGACCAUGCGAGUAGAACAGCUGAAAUCUCAAUUAAAAAAGAGCGCUGUCAAACUAAAAGACAUGGAGAGAUCAGUACAGACUUGUGAAUUAGAAAUAGAGCAAAUGGAAUCUGAUAUUACAACAUGCGAGGAAGAGAUGCAGAAAGUAAGAGAAUCGAUUACUGAAUACAAAGCAUCCACUGCAUCCAUUACAGAAGAAAUUCAGCAUAUGGAAGAUGCUUUGGCUGAAUCCAAUCAAGCACUGGAACAAGAGAAUCAAGUGUUGAAUGCACAGAAUGAAGAAUUCAAUGAAUUAAGUGUGAUUCAUGAUCGUAAAUCUGCUGAACUUGUAGAAUUCAAUUUACGCAUUCAGAAAUUAAAUCAUGAAAAUGAUCGAUUCUUCAAGGAAAGACAACACUCUGAACAAGCCAUACGUGAUCUGGAGCAGCAAUAUGAAUGGAUUGUAGAUGAAAAACAGUUGUUUGGUCAACCUGGCUCUGCUUAUGAUUAUCAUACUAUCCAUUUAGCAGAUGCAAGAAAGCAAUUGCAGCAAUUAAGUGCUAAUCAUGACACGAUGCGCAAAAAGAUCAAUGUGCGUGUCAUGAACAUGAUUGACAAUGUGGAAAAGAAAGAGGCCUCUUUAAAAGAAAUGUUGUCUACUGUACAGAAAGACAAACAAAAGAUUGAAGAUACAAUCCAAACACUUGAAAACUAUAAACUAGAGGCACUGGAAAAGACAUACACUAAAGUCAAUAAGGAUUUUGCUGAAAUCUUUGGUGAUUUACUGGAUGGAAAUACUUGUAAACUACAAGCACCUGAAGGCAAAACAAUCUCAGAGGGUCUUGAAGUCAAAGUAUGUCUGGGUGGUGUCUGGAAGCAGAGUCUGACAGAACUCAGUGGUGGUCAACGAUCCUUGAUUGCCCUGUCUCUGAUCUUGUCUUUACUUCAGUUUAAACCAGCACCCAUGUAUAUUUUGGAUGAGGUGGAUGCUGCUCUUGAUUUGUCACAUACACAGAAUAUUGGUUCACUUUUACGUACGCGAUUCAAAGGAUCUCAAUUCUUGGUUGUCUCAUUAAAAGACGGUAUGUUUAACAAUGCCAAUGUGUUGUUCAAGACCCGUUUCAAAGACGGUACUUCUGUUGUGGAGAGAACAACACCCUUUAGAAAAGAGACAGACGAAUCUGGCUCUCGAAAGCGUGGUCGUUCAACUAAAUAAAUAUGUUUAUUUCCCACUUUCCAAAUGAACUAAUUGGACAUCAGCAAAGUCAAUCACCAUACUUUUAGCAUCAUGAGUACUGUAGAUCACAUACAUCACGAUACAUGAUACACAUGAAGAGACAACAACAAUCACAUCAGACCAAUGUCGAAAAAAGUCAAAUUCAACUGUGGAUAAGAGAUAACGAUAUUCAGUUGGUAAACUCAUCUGCAUCAUCAAGACUGAGCUUAAGAAAUACAUGCCCAUCAUGUGUGCUGUAAAGAGCAACAUGUGACUAGGGGCUAGUUUGAGAUUGAGUUGAAACAAGUGCAGGAGACGUAUCCAUAGUUUAAGAAAGCCACGAAUAGAACCGACAACAAUCAUGCCUGCAAACCAAAAGCUUAGUUGUUGAGA